UCAGGAGCGAUGCACAUCUACGUCACACCUCCACCUCAACGUCGAACUACAAUUCUGCAAGCGACGUCCCAACGUACUUACGAACCGGCGCUCUCCCGCCUACGUUGCAUCAUCAUCGAUCGAAAGACGGUCAUGCCAAUCCAGGAGCCAAUCACAGUUGCGACUCGGAGGAUAGCGACGGUUCGGAGGCACGCAGCUUGGACUUGGCCAGCAGCCAUAGUAGCGAUGAGGAUGACACUAGUAACGGGGCGCAGCAUCACGGAAGCAGGCGUUCCAGGCAACCGGGUGGAUCUAGGAAGAGUAGACAUGAUUCUGAGGGACGACAACAUGGCAAUAGAAACGGAUCAUCAGUUCCGCCAACAGGUUCUGCUGGUUAUCUUCCGAACAUUACAGAACACGUGGCAUCUCGAUGUGGUACACCUCCUUGCCUGAACGUGGUUACCAACUCAAAACUGUUUCCCACUGUUCAGCCUGUUUCAUGUUGUGGAUCCAGAUGGUCCAGCCAACUGCCUGAAUCGUACCUUUCUAGUGCUAACGAAAUGGGCCGUUGGUCAGUGGAGACCGGGUCAGACAAUGAAAUUUGUACAGAUCAAGUGAUUUCGAAGGAUGCUUCUCCUAAUCCGUUGCCCCACCCAGACCAACAACAGCAGAGGAUGCAAUCAGGGGUCUUGGGAGCUCAAGGGCAGUACAUGGUGCAGACUGGGACGGCACAGUAUGGUACGGAAGUCAACGUCGCUAUAGCGCAGCUCUACGCAGCAGGGAAGUACCGCUAUAGCGAUGAGCAACUCGAUGACAAACAUCACGAUCUUGUGAGUGGCGGAAACGACAAAUACCUUUUUCCCUAUACUG